CGUAGGUCCAGCCCUGUGCAAUCGUUAUCUUCGAAAAAUCUUUUAUAUUCGUUUUAGAUAAAAAAAAUUGGCCAGGUUCAAAUGUUCAAUACUUCAAUCUAUUAUUGUGAUUAUCCGAUGGAAUGAGAUGCUUUCUAUUUUUAACUUUUUAAUAAAUUCGUCAAACUUUUGAUUUCUACGCGAUUCAUGCCAUUUGAGUUUUGAAACAGCUAUAUAUAUUUGAGUCUAAAACCUCAACGGAAUCUUCUUAAUAAAACUCUUCAGUCACCAUAACAGCCGCCUCCGACCUCCAUCGUUGCCACCAGUCCGAUCGGAAACAUGACGAUGGAGGGUUUCCGGGUACUUGACGAGAAGUCGUUGAGAGAAUACAUCAAAGCCACACCAUCUUUGGCUUCCAAGCUCGGGAAUGAAGUUGAUAACUUCAAAAUUAAAGAAGUUGGGGACGGCAAUCUCAAUUUCGUCUACAUCGUCAUCUCUCCAUCUGGUUCAAUCGUCAUAAAACAGGCUAUACCUUAUGUUCGCUGUAUCGGUGAAUCAUGGCCAAUGACGAAGGAAAGAUCUUAUUUUGAAGCCACAGCUCUUAAACGUCAGCAUGAGCCUCCACAUAUAAUCUUGAGGAAAGGAUUGAUCGCUGGAGUUGAGUAUCCAUUAUUAGCAGAACACAUGGCUGAAUUUAUGGCUAACACCCUCUUUUACACCUCUCUUCUCUAUCUCACAACUACACAACACAAAAGUGCAGUGGCUGAAUUUUGUGGAAAUGUGGAGUUAUGUAGGCUGACAGAGCAAGUGGUGUUUUCAGACCCUUACAAGAUUUCAGAAUUUAACCGUUGGACUUCACCUUAUCUUGAUACUGAUGCAGAAGCAGUUAGAAAUGACAAAAUAUUAAAACUUGAAGUUGCUGAGCUUAAGUCUAAGUUCUGUGAAAAAACACAAGCUUUAAUACAUGGUGAUCUCCAUACGGGUUCUGUCAUGGUUACCCAUGAGUCAACUCAAGUCAUUGACCCAGAAUUUGCUUUCUAUGGGCCAAUGGGGUUUGACAUUGGUGCUUUUAUUGGAAACUUGUUUUUGGCUUAUUUUUCACAAGAUGGACAUGUGGAACAAGGGAAUGAUCGAAAAACAUAUAAAACAUGGAUAAUGGAUACGAUAGCAGACACUUGGAAUCUUUUUUAUAAAAAGUUUACAUCUCUUUGGGAUAUACACAAAGAGGGACCUGGUGAAGCAUACCUUCAUGAAAUUUAUAAUGAUUUGGAGCUUCGAGAGCUUGUGAAACAGAAAUACAUGAUGGAUUUGUUCCAUGAUUCUCUUGGAUUUGCUGCUGCCAAAAUGAUAAGGCGAAUUGUUGGGGUGGCUCAUGUGGAGGAUUUUGAGUCGAUUAGUGAUCUUGUGAAAAGAUCAGAUUGUGAACGAAGGGCUCUUGAAUUUGCCAAAAAUCUUAUGAAGAAAAGAAGAAAUUUCAACACCAUUGCUGAUGUCAUUGCUGUAGCUAAGUAGUGAAUGAUAAUACUUAUUUUCUUGCCUUGUUUGCUUUGUGUAAUCCACUAAAUAUAGGAAGGUAAUGCAUUGUUAUAAAAAUCUUGAAAUUUACCUAUUAAGAUGUUAUAUUUUGAUGGCUGACAAUAGAUGUGUAACGCCUGAGAUUUUUUUUUUAUAAACAAUAUCAGUUUUCGUACAAAAGAAUGUCAAGAAAACUUUCUUCUCUUGAGCAUGCUAGGUUUGUUUAACUUGAAUUGUGAAUUCAAUCGUUA